GAGGGAAGAUCCUCGGGGUGCUGGCGCUCUUUCUGGUGAUGGUUUGGUACUCGAUCUCCCGGGAAGACAGCUUUUAUUUCCCUGUGCAAGAAAACAAGACGUGUCCCCUCGGGGAGGUUGAAAAAAAAGCGGCGCAGCUCAUCGGGAACUACACGAGGGACCACCCGCUCUUCUUGCAGCUGAAGGACUAUUUUUGGGUGAAGACGCCGUCGCUCUACGAGCUGCCCUAUGGCACCAAAGGAAGCGAAGACGUCCUCCUGCGCUUGCUGGCCAUCACCCACUACUCCCUGCCCGAGAGCAUCCAGNNGUCGUCAUCACGUACGUGCUCCGUCCCACCGACCCUUCCUCGGUGCCGCUCGCCAACGGGGUUGACCACUGUGAUGUGUCCCCCCCUCCCUCCAAGGUUGAACAACGCCCCGGUCCACGGUUACGAGCAGGACGUGGGCUCCAAGACCACCAUGCGCCUCUUCUACCCCGAGUCGGCCCACUUUGACCCCAGGACGGAGAACAACCCCGACACGUUGCUGGUGCUGGUGCCCUUCAAACCCGUGGACUUCCAAUGGAUGGAGGCCAUCCUCAACGACAAGAAUAGGGUUCGGAAAGGGUUUUGGAAACAGCCGCCGUUGAUCUGGGACGCCAACCCGGAGCAAGUGCGCGUCCUCAACCCUUACUACAUGGAAGUAACUGCUGCUAAACUGCUCAACCUCCCCAUGAAGCAACCACGGAAGGUCAAACAGGAAAGGGG